CUCUCUCUCUUUCUCGUAUUUUAACGGCUUCCUGUGUCUGAAAACGGUUGAACCGUCCCAGAGCUGGCAUGACCGCUCCGCUUACCGGGCUGGGCUGGACUUCGUCCAAUGUGCCGGUUGCUGGCUGGAUUCCGGGAUAUGCAAAUGCUAAAGAAUUUUUGGAUUUAAAAACUUCUGUCUCUAAGAAGAAGAGGCUAUGUGUCAAGCUGAUCCCAAUGGGUGUGGCAGAAACAGCUGUGUGUGACAUCAUGCUAAGCAGCAAGAGCAAAGUGAUCCCCAAUUACAUACGCGUUGGGGAAAUAAGUGGUUUUGCCCUUUGGUGUAAAAAAGAACACAUAAACAAACCUAGACCCCUUCCCAAACCAAGGAGUAUCAGUCUAGAAAUGAACCAGCUUUCAUUAGAAACAGCAAACGUAGACCCUCUUUCUAUUGGCUCCAAAAGACAAACUACCAUUAAGAAAAAUGAAUCUAUAUACGAUACAUCAAAUACCUAUGGUAUUUCAGCCAUAGAUGGGGUCCCCUUUACUCUGCAUCCUAAGUUUGAGAACAAUGUCACUCAUGGUACCACUGCCCUUUCAAUAUUUAAAAACUUUCACAUCAAGUCUCUUGCUGACAUUGAGAAAGAGUAUGACUACAGUUUUGUAAUUGAAAGAACUGCAGCUGCGAGACUCCCACCCACCAUUUCAUAGCAUCAAUCAUUUCCUGGAGAGUUCUUGCCGCUAGGGGCUUAUGGGUGGUCAAGCUGACUCAACUAAGCUGAUGGAAUACCUGCCUCAAAGGGAUUGUGCUGUUGGGGGCACUGCUUUACUAGCUGAAACUAGUAUAAUUGUAAUCCUGCUGCUAUUAUAUUUUGCUACAGGUACGAGUUGAGCUACUUUUGUAUACACUUUUUCCAAGCAUCAUAUCUAUUUUCUUUGCAAAGAAAAAUGUAUUAAAAGUAAAAGGCUUAUUCUACCAGCAAA